AUGGCCGAUUUUUUAAUUAGCAAUUAUGAAAAGAAUUAUAUUAUUGAUGGAGUACAGGCUGGCAUUAGAUGUGAUGGAAGACAGUUAACAGACUAUCGCCCAAUUUCCAUCGAAACAGGCAUUUUGGCCGGAGCUAAUGGUUCAGCACGUAUACAAAUUGGUUCGACUGAUGUCCUUUUAUCUGUCAAGGCAGAAUUAAAUACAACAACAGACCCAGUUCUCUCAAAUCGGUUAAAAUUUUUUGUUGAUUUGUCCGCCAACGCAUCCCCCAAAUUCGCUGGGAGAGGAGGUCAGGAACAGGCAGAGGAAUGGGCAAAAACUUUGUAUGCUGCUUAUGAUAAUGAUUAUAUUAUGGUUGAAAGUAUGAAACGCCUAUUGUUAGCUCCACCUUUACAUUAUUGGACGUUAUACGUUGAUGCUAUAGUACUUCAACAUGAUGGGAAUAUUAUGGAUGCACUUUCUUUGGGCGUAAAAGCAGCUCUUUUCGAUACACAAAUAUGCAAUGUAAUUGUACGUCCAGCUGAUGAAGGAAAAUUCCUUAUUGAUUUACCCGAUGAAAUUAGUACUUGGAAAUUGGAUGUUACAAGCGCCCCUUUAAUUGUUGCUGUAACUCGUAUUGGAAAUCAAACAGUUUUCGAUUUGGACCUCUCUGAAGAGUUGUGCUCUAAUAAUACUUUGUAUGUUGGUAUAAAACAAGGAGAAAAUGAAGAGGAUAAUUCUGAGAGUUUAAUAACUUGUAUUAAAAAAGUUGGUGGAGGUGCAGUAGAAAUUGAUUCAAUGGUGGAAAUGUUAGAAAAAGCAACUCAUAUAGCAAGGAAUUUAAACUUUGGAUUAAUGAACAAGUUAAAAAAAGAUGAAGGAGGUUUGAAAGAAAAAAGAACUAAUUUUCCAAGUAUUUUUUGA